ACUGACCUUGAUGAAUGUUUCGGAUUCCCUAUGUCCGCGCCGAUGUUAGGACUUUCUGCGGCGUUUCUAUGAUAUGGUCUAUAUUUUUGUUAUCCAACUGCAUCUUUUGAUACAAAUCGUUACGCUCGGCGCAGCAAGACCUUCUGCCGUUCUUAGAAGCCCUUAUACUUCAUACAGGCGCCGUUGUUCGUGUGAAACUGUUUGGAUGCACAAUUCAACCCCUAUUUACCCAAGGAGAGGAAAGUAUCUUAUCUCUUCGACGCAUAUUGAAAUCCUUGACUUGAGGUCAAAUGAUUCCGGGGUUUAUUCAUGCGCUAGCUCUCCUCGUCGUGUCCAUACUUGUGGAAAUUUUUCUCUGUUUGUAAACGAUUUGGACAGUGAUUACACUAACAUACACAUGAAUACUGUGCCAUAUGAUGCGUCGGAGGAGUUGCCUGACAGAGUCUAUUGGCACCCGAGGAUGAAAAGGACAGACGUUGUCAAUUACUUUGAUUAUAAACCGUUGCUCCUGUCUGCGUACUUUUAUUCCACAGCCAGCACUCCUCCUUUUGUUACUUGGUCAGGUCCGACGGGCUCAUUAUUACUUCCCAAUCAGUUGGUACAAACACGUAUAUUGGACUGCCAUACAUUAGAAGAAUCUCAUCGGCCUUUAAAUGGCGUGUGCUAUGAGUCUUCUUACACAGUUCAGACCCUUAGCACCAGUUCACGCUUCAGUUGCGUAGUUUCCGUUCCCAAUGGCAACCGAAUCCAAGCACAAUUUACAGUUCUGAAGAAUAUGUUACAUUUGCUCUUGGAUGGAUCGUUACCUGAACGGGAAGAGGCGGAUGAGUCCAAGGAAGGAUCUGAUUGGUUCGAUGAUUUACCCGAUCCUGUGAUAAUGGAUGACUUUUCUUUGGGGUUCACCACGUUUGCCCGCACACCGAGGCCCACGACCACCAAAUCAUCGGUACGCCAACAGCCUGAGACGCGCCGCAAUGGCUAUGAACCCCCCUCCUCUACUACCCCGGUCCCCUCAUCACUCCUAACGCAAGUUCACCUGCAUCCGGCUAACUGGAGUGAAUUCGAGUUUUUUCCCCUUACUUCCGCUAUUCAUCCGGGCAAUAACUUUACCCUAAUGUGUCGGUUACCUCGCCUGACUCAUCAGCUGGAGCUAUGGUACCUGGGACACGUGUCCUCCACUGGGAAAUUUUCCACAGCCAGUCAAAUGUGUCUACCGAAGGGAUGCUACGAUCGCCAACCAGAGCUUCUAAAGGUUUCCGAGUCAACACCGAUCCAUUUCGUCGAUGGAAAAGGGAGGAUCGCCACCAAGUACCAACUUUCUCCAUCCGUGUUUGUGACAAUUACUCAUCUGGACGAGGACAAUACUGGCACAUACCUUUGUCGUUACCACCAUCUCUAUAGAACUGUGGAGGUCAACCUCACCAGCUUGACUGAGGCGGGCACAUCUCCGGACUUCCGGCCACUGGCUUUCGUAUUCGUCCUCAUCUAUUUGGUCCUAGCCACCUUACUAUCCUCCCUCUUGAUAUGCAUUCGAUCACUCCGGAAGCCUGUGAUUGCCGUGUUUAACUCUCAUGGUAGUGAGAUCAGCAGCAAAUUCGCACGUGUGAAUAUUAGUCUCCGGCCAAACGUUUUAUACCCAAGUUCCCUCUUCGACAAAGCUUCGGAGGCUAAACUUGUAUCACCCGAUGACCCUCCCAGCUCGAUCUUAUCCACUAAUGAGUAUCCAGAUGCCCCAGAGAGCCACAAGCCUGUCAAAAGACGAAGAACUGUGUUCCGACCGCUCAUUUCAACCAACCAUAUUGACCGGAUUGGCAGUCUAAAAGCUAAUAGUCAGCGCCUGCCUCCCGGUGGUCAGAGAUGGGAGGUCUCUCGUUCAUGCAUAAAGACGAAGCAACUCAUUGGCGAAGGAUCAUUUGGUGCUGUGUACGAAGGGAUCGCUGUAUGGAAUCCUUCCGAAAUCUCUCCAGCGUUCCGCUCUAGGUCCGCCCUCACAACCACGGUUGCAAUAAAAACCUUGAAGAACAAUCUCGACCAUGAUGGCUUGAAAAAUCUAAUGUUGGAACUGGAGAUUAUGAAAGUUCUCGAGGCGCAUCCACACAUUAUCCGUUUGCUGGGAGUUUGUACUCAUGAUGGCCCUCCAAUGAUUCUCAUGGAGUUCGCGAAACAUGGCAAUCUACGCGACCUCCUUCGUCGAAAUAGGCCUGCGUCGGAACAGUGUCUUGGCGACGGUCGAUCGUUUAAUGUCGACGGUACCGCCUGCCCCCAGCUGGACAGUCCUUCUCUCCUUCGAUUUGCGCGUCACGUCGCGGACGCAAUGACAUACCUCGAGUCACUCCAGCUGGUACAUUGCGAUAUUGCAGCCCGCAACGUACUGAUUACAGAAAAUUGGGUGGCCAAGUUGUCCGACUUCGGCUUCACACGGCACGUCGAUGACCGUGACUUUCAGAAAAACCGGGAGCGCUUUCCCUACCGCUGGAUGGCUCCAGAAUGCUUCGAUGGCUCCCGGUUCACACAGAAGAGCGAUAUAUGGUCUUUUGGAAUUUUCCUGUGGGAAUUGUUCACUCUCGGGCAAGUUCCAUACCCUGGCCUAUCAAAUGCUGAAAUACAUGAUUGGCUGGAGGCCGGAAACCGAAACGAACAACCUGUCCUGGCCAAUUCUUCAGUCUACGAAUUGAUGUUACUCUGUUGGACCAUGGACCCAGCUAUGCGACCUACGUUCAAGGAGGUGCUGGCUUCCUUGAUUCGCCUGUCCAAUUCGAACCUGUCUGCCACCAACUGCAGCCGGUCGCUUUACACCGGUCAUCUGGAAGCCAAACUGUCACGCUCCCUGCGAGUCUGCUCCUUACCAAAAUCCGGCUACUCAUCUGAAGGCUACGUGGAGAUGCGUUUCGAAGGCUACCUGGAGCCGCGACCGCAUGAUCAUUCCAGUGAAGUCACACUACUCUCCUGACCCUCCUCCAACAAUAUUUUCCCGCAUUUUUAUUGUAAACAACAACUGCUCAUAAACAGAUUUUUCAUCCCCUUUAUGACCCUUAUGCUUUUCAUCCUCGGUGUUGUAUUUCUUUUUCCCAUCCUUUUCUAAGAAUCUAUUUGUAAAAUUUGUAAAAUCUAUCUCCAUGUAUAUUUAUAUUGCGUUUCGUUUUUGCAUCCUCUCUAAUGUGAGCGGUUGGGAUACC